AUGGUAACAACUGGGGAAAAUCAGGCCAGAUAUAAUACAGGAGGCAUCGUCUCCUCUGAGCUUUCAAGUGAGUUGGACGUUUUAAGAGGCAGAGGUGCAGACAGUACAUUUCAGGUGCAAGGAACCAUCCUUCCAGCUCCAAAUUUCAAUCCUGUCAUGGAUGCUCAAAUGAUAGGGGGAGCCCUUCAAGGAUUUGACUGCAACAAAGACAUGCUGAUUGAUAUUUUAACUCAGCGCUGUAACGCACAGAGGAUUAUGAUUGCAGAGGCAUACCAGGGCAUGUACAGCAAGAAUUUGAUUGAAGACCUGAAGGAAAAUCUUUCAGGACAUUUUAAAGAAGUGAUGGUGGGUCUGAUGUAUCCACCACCAUCAUUUGAUGCUCAUGAGCUUUGGCAUGCCAUGAAGGGAGCAGGCACAGACGAGAAUUGCCUCAUUGAUAUACUAGCAUCAAGAACAAAUGGAGAAAUUUUCCAGAUGAAAGAAGCAUACUAUUUGCAAUACAACAGUGACCUUCAGCAAGACAUUUGCUCUGAGACUUCUGGACACUUCAGAGACACACUUAUGAAUCUGGUCCAGGGAACCAGAGAGGAAGGUUACACCAAUCCUCCCAUGGCUGCCCAGGAUGCAAUGGUCCUUUGGGAAGCUUGUCAACAAAAGACAGGCGAACAUAAAACCAUGUUACAAAUGAUUCUAUGUAACAAGAGCUACCAGCAAUUGUGGAUGGUUUUUCAGGAAUUUCAAAACAUUUCUGGACAAGACAUAGUAGAUGCUAUUAAUGAAUGCUAUGAUGGAUACUUUCGGGAGCUACUCGUGGCAAUAGUUCUCUGCGUCCGGGACAAGCCUUCCUAUUUUGCUUAUAGGCUGUAUAGUGCAAUCCAUGACCUAGGUUUCCAUAACAAAACCAUUAUCAGGAUUCUAAUUGCCCGAAGUGAAAUAGAUCUGAUGAAUAUAAGGAGAAGAUACAAAGAAAGAUAUGGAAAAUCUCUGUUUCAUGAUAUCAAAAAUUUUGCUUCUGGACAUUACGAGAAAGCUUUGCUUGCCAUCUGUGCUGGCGAUGUUGAAGAUUAUUGAAAGAAAAAAGAUGAAUUUGGGAUACUGCGUUCCCAUUCUUUAAAGAGGCCUCCAACAUUGACAUUUCUUCAUAAAUGUAGGUCAUCAGUUGUACCUGUAGUGAGGCUGGAAAAAUCACAAGAUCUUCUACAUUAACCUUAAUGGUUUUUAACUGACCAAAAAUGUGUUUGUCAAGAUAUAUGCUUAUUUCUUUUAAAAUACUUUUCUGAAUACAUUAAUUUGCUAACAUGAAUCAUAGACUAAUAAAAGUAAAGUAUUGGAUUUAAGUGUAUGUAUUUAAAUUAUUUUGUUAGCAACUUGUUAGUGACCAGUCCAUUUGAGAGGUCUGUUUAGGGCAAUCCAAAAGUAGAAUUCAGUGUCAAAGAUAGACAGUAAGGCCAUACAUAUUCACAU